AAAGCCCAGCUAACGUUAGACGGAAAAAAAGCAGCGACGGGGGAAGAGGAGCGAAAGCGGAGCCGUCGGACGUAUCCCACUUUCAGCCCUGAUCUGCUUCCUCUUACUCCCACUUAUUCGCGCGUCGUUCUUCAUUCUAAGAGGAUGAACAUUUUUAUACGAUUUAACUGAUUUAACUGCUCGGAUUCUGUUUGAGUUAAAGCGAAACCAUAUUUUUACCGACGGCGACGGAUAAGCGACGGAUUAUUUUUUUUCCCGCCUUGUUUUUUUUUUCGCGUGAUCUUUAGUGUAAUACUUUACAUUAGCGUUCAUUCUGUAACGUUGCGUUUGCGCGGAGAGCUUAGCGGAAGAUGGGCUGUUUGGGGAACAGCAAGACCGAAGACCAGCGCAUUGACGAGAAGGCUCAACGAGAGGCGAAUAAAAAGAUCGAGAAACAAUUACAGAAGGAAAGGCAGGCUUACAAAGCCACACACCGGCUGCUUUUAUUAGGGGCUGGAGAAUCCGGAAAGAGUACGAUUGUCAAGCAGAUGAGGAUCUUGCACGUCAACGGCUUUAACGCAGAAGAAAAGAAGCAGAAAAUAUUGGAUAUCCGAAAAAAUGUGAAAGAUGCCAUUGUAACAAUAGUAUCGGCCAUGAGCACUUUAAUACCCCCAGUGCCACUUGCCAACCCGGACAAUCAGUUUCGCGCCGACUAUAUUAAAAGCAUAGCGCCGCUUUCUGACUUUGACUACACAGAGGAGUUUUUUGAGCACGCGAAACAACUUUGGGAUGAUGAAGGCGUGAAGGCCUGCUUUGAACGGUCCAACGAGUACCAGCUUAUCGACUGUGCCCAAUACUUCCUGGACAGAAUCGAUUCAGUACGGCAGAAUGACUACACACCAACAGACCAGGAUUUGCUUAGAUGCCGAGUUUUGACUUCAGGGAUUUUCGAAACACGAUUUCAAGUAGACAAAGUCAACUUUCACAUGUUUGAUGUAGGUGGUCAGAGAGAUGAGAGAAGAAAGUGGAUCCAGUGCUUUAAUGAUGUGACGGCCAUCAUUUUUGUGGCAGCCAGCAGCAGUUACAACAUGGUGAUCAGAGAAGACAACAGCACUAACCGCCUGCGCGAGUCCCUAGAUCUGUUCCGCAGUAUCUGGAAUAACAGAUUUUCUCCCAGAUUUUGUCAGUUCCCAGUAGCGUGUUCUCCCCAAUCACACAGCAGCUACCAACUCCUAGCCAUGGAUGACUGUGGCAUCAUCAGGAUUCAAACUUGUGAUGACUCCUGAUGAUAGGGCGUACUCUCUGUUCUUGCACCACUAAAGAGGCCCCUCCCCAUGUCUGUGUGGUCAUUUGAGUCAAACUAGCGAGAAUCACUUUAUUACCAUUCAAUUCAGCACACCAAUCUUCAGUAGUGUCUCAUAACACUAAAAACUGGGGAAGUUCCAUUUGGUAAAGGCAGAGUAGAAGGUAAAUCAGUGCAUGCUAGUGGGAUCUGGAGGUCAAAAUGAUGAGGUUCAGCUCCUAGUGGAUCAUGCAGUGGCAUUUUGGGUUCCAGUUAACAAAUCUGUGCGUUCCAGUGCUUUGGAACCUUUUAUUUAUUUCUGGUAACUGUUUUUUCUGGUAACUGGUAAUCUUAAAUAAUGUUUUUACUUAAUAAACAAAAAGCAGUCCUUAUCUUUUUGUUUUAUGGUAUAGGCAAAGCUAAGCUCUUUUUAGCUUUUUAGCACAUUUUUUAAAUAAAAUUUUCUUACAAAUAGACAACUUUAGUUGCUGAUAUGAGUAAAAAAAAUUUCCCGAACUUCAGAAUGUGCUUGUUUCUUUGUUGAUUUUAUAACUACAAAGUAUUUUUGUAUCAGUAAUCACUGUAACUAAAUCAAACUAAAUAUUUCUUUGAAUGACUUCAGAAAAGUGCGCCAGAGUUUGAGCUUCUUUUGAAUCAAUUUCCAAAGCAAUCACAUGGUUGUGUGCUGAAACAAAGUUUUGGACAUCGCAUGUUUUUAGCAGAAUGAAUCAAACACCAAUACAGUGUUUUAAAGCAACGUUUUUUUUUUUUGUUUGUUUUUUUUUUUUUUGGACAUACGCCUCAGAGCUGCAGUAUCAAGGGUGACAACUACCGUGCAACUUCCCACAGGUUUUUCUUCUUCCAGGCCAUGCCUGUGUUUUGAAAAGAUUGUUGGACUUCAUAUGUGUGUGUGUGUCUGUGCUCAUUUCCCCUUCAAAAUCUGUCUAUUGAUCUUGGCCCAGACAUGUAAUACCUCACUCUAAAAACAUUGCAGGCUGCGAUGACCAUUAGGUACAUAUAUUAUACAGCUGUCUGUAUGACACAGUGAAUGAGCAUUUAGAGGUACUGAGACACAUGAGUUUGUGUUAAAUGUAUGUCUUUCCACCUCUCCCCUCAUAGCUUCAUUAAGCUAAUCCUGGGGAAGAGGGAAAAGUUGCUGUUGCUGGCCAGGUACAAAUUUGAGCCUGGGUGGUUGGAAAACCUCUUCUCUGGCGUACCAGAGAUGACAAAACAGAAAGUAUGGGCAAAUAGGCUGUGAGAAAUUCUAAACACAUGAAAUAAACUCUUUUUAAACCCUAGCUACAUGGCUACAUUGUUAUGCUAUUGCUGCCAAGGUACAAAGUCAGUAGGAAGGUAACCUUUUUGCAAAUGUGAGUGGCCCUGAUUUACUAAAGGUUUGUGUGUAAAAAUAUGCUUGACAACACCUGCAAAAAAAAAAAAAAACAUUGCAAGCUGUUUUACUGACACACUCAACAGAGGAUUGCAUCGGACAUGUGAAGAAAAUCACAUGGCUUGUCUGUUUUUGUGUGUUUGCCUGAUGAAUAUGAAAUUUGAAGCAUUUUUACAUAAAUAAGCAGAAAAAAGAAAAAUCGGUUGGUGUCAAUGCAAAUCGAUUAAUUUUUACUGAGCCUUAAAUUCACUUUAGAGUGCAAUCGCCAUUUAAUAUGUCCAGAGACCAUGUAUUAUAUUGGUGAAAGUUUUCACCAUUUGAAGACAAAAUUUUACCAUUUAGUAAGUCUUAAUAAUGAGAAAGUUUCUCAAAAUGAAUCCUUACUCAUGGUAAUUUUGGUUUAGUAGAUAUUCAUCCCAUUUGCACAUAUCCAAAGCCAACAUCAUUUAAACAGAGCCUUUGAAAAAUUUUCCAUUUGCAUACACUUUAAUAACAUAAUGCUCAAUAAUCUCUAAACAGUUUUAUUCAUUUAUUUGUAUUGUAUUUUAAACAGACCCACCUCAUUGUCUUUAAUCUGCAUUAGUUUCAAAAUAUUCUGGGAAUCUCUUUGAUUUAGAGAACAAUUAGUUCAUACAGAAGCCUCAAUUAAAUAUUGUUUUCUCUCACUAUUUUGCACAUGACUUACUUCACGCAAUUAUACUUUGUAAAUCACCCACAAGACACCCACUGUCUGUGUGUGCAGUUUAUUCCAUUGCAUAUUUUGGCUCUUAGUAAAUCAGGAUGUCAGUGUAACAGAAUAACGCUUAGUUGUGCACAUGUUUUGAAAGUAUAAAAAUAAACUUGUCAUAACUUCUUUUGCUAGAUACACUAUAUUGCCAAAAGUUUGUGGACACUUGGCCAUCACACCCAUAUGUGCUUUUUGAACUUCCCAUUUGAAAUUUAGCCCCCACUUUACUGUUAUAAUAACCUUCACUCUUCUGGGAAGGCUUUCCUUUAGAUUUUGAAAUGUGGCUGUGGGGAUUUGCCCAUUCAGCCAGAAGAACAUCAGUGAGGUUGGGAUCUGAUGUUGGGCGAGGAGGCCUGGUGUGCAGGCAGCAUUCCAGUUCAUCCCAAAGGUGUUCAGGGGGGUUGAACUCAGGUUUUUCCAUGCCAACCUUGGCAAAUCAUGUCCUUAUGGACGUUGCUGUGUGCACAGGGGCAUUGUCAUGCUAGAACAGGUUUGGACCCCUCAGUUCCAGUGAAAGGAAAUCUUAAGACAUUCUAGACAAUUCUGUGCUUCAGACUUUGUGGCAGUAGUUUGGAGAAGGCCCAUAUAUGAGUGUGAUGGUCAGGUGUCCACAUAUGGUAUCAUGGAUAACACUUAACGCUUAAUGCUAUACAAACUAACCAACAUUUCUGGGUGUAUUUUAAUGUGUCGUAUAAAAUUUUAUGUUAUUUUGCCGAUGCCUUUUACUUUGAUGCUGCAUUUAUUGCACAUCACAAUUUGCUUAUAUCUAUCAUACUGAAAGCUUUUGUAACCGAAUGUUAAAUUAAUGUUGAAAUUACAGCAGGGCCAUUUCCAGGAUUUAAAAAAAAAAGCAUAUAUAUAUAUAUAGGGUACCCCUGUACAAGCUUUUAUAUAUAU